AUGACCGAGGAGCCCGGGCAGAAGGACAGCGAGCUCGGACACCUCCCCUGCAGCAUGGGCUGCGGGCACAAGGACGACAAAGCCGGCCUGGCUUCGAGCCAGAGUGCCUUCAGCCACCAGCCGCCCUCCACUCCUGCCUCCAAGGAAGUGUGGAAGAAGGGUGGCCGCAUGUUCUCCAUCCUGCUGGCCGUGCACCUGGCCCUGCUGGCCUGCACGCUGGUGAGCAGCGGCGCUUUCGAGAAGAUCGCCGUGCACGACUACGACGUCUUCUUCCUGCUGACAGUCAUGAUGCUGAUUGUCAUCAUCUGGAUCAUCUUCUACCUCGCCGGCACCUCCCGGUGCCCCGGUGCCAUCCUGGGCAAGGACUCCCACGCCGGGCCCAUCUGGCUGAGAGGAGGCCUGAUCCUAUUUGCCAUUUUCAGCCUUGUCAUGGAUGUGUUCAAAAUAGGAUAUUACUCGAGCUUCUACAGCUGCCUGUCUGCAAUCAAAAUCAUCUACCCCAUUGUGCAGGCAAUAUUUGUGGUGGUCCAGACAUAUUUCCUGUGGGUCUCUGCCAAAGACUGCAUCCACGUGCACCUGAACGUUACCAGAUGUGGCUUGAUGCUGACGCUGACUACAAACCUGGCUGUGUGGAUGUCAGCAGUGACAGAUGAGUCUGUCCACAAGGCACAUUCAAAGCUGAAGAAAAACAUGACAGAGGAAAUCUUCAGGUGGCUCCUGAAAGUGGGAAUGAGAAGCAGCUCAGUUGAAGAAUGCAAUUGCAACAGCCAAAUCUGCCAGAUCUUCAAAAAUGGCUACUUUUGGCUGUACCCUUUUAACAUUGAGUACAGUCUCUUUGCCUCUGCCAUGGUCUAUGUCAUGUGGAAGAACGUUGGACGCUUCAUAGACCACCACUCCCACCACAUUCAGCGCCUGAAGUUCAGGCUCUUCCGAAGGACCUUCUUUGUAGGCAUCAUGUUGGGCCUCAUCAUCCUCGUGAGUGGUUUGGGAGUCCUCAUCCUGUACGAGGUGCAGGUAAAUUCCAGCACUGAAUCCAGCAAGAAGAGCCAAGCACUCACCAUGUACUACAUCUUCAACAUUGUUUGUCUGAGCCUGAUGUCUCUUGUCUGCAUCGGUGGCUCCGUCAUCUACCGCUUUGACAAGAGGGACAUGGACCGGCACAAGAACCCCACCAGGACCCUGGACGUGGCCCUGCUAAUGGGGGCAGCCUUGGGGCAAUAUGCCAUUUCCUACUACUCCAUUGUGGCCAUCGUGGCCAGCACGCCAAGGGACACUAUCAGCGCACUCAACCUCACCUACGCCCUCCUCAUGAUCGCCCAGCACACCUUCCAGAACGUCUUCAUCAUCGAGGGCCUCCACCGGCAGCCCCCCAAGGAGGACUGCAAGCACGAGUCUCACCAGAAGGACCUCUACGGGCUCACCUUUGUGAACAUCAACGCCGUGUCCCUGCGGGUGCCCGACACUGGCACCACCUUGGCCGCCAGUGCGGCGCCUGGCACGGAAGCCAUGCACACUUCUGACCUCGUCAGGUCCCUCACUGCCCCCAAGAAGAUGAACUGGAGGAGGAAGUUCUUGAGGGAGAUCUCCAUGUUCCUGCUGCUGAGCAAUAUCAUACUCUGGAUCAUGCCAGCGUUCGGUGCCCGGCCCCAGUUUGACAAUGACACAGAACUGAACUUCUAUGGCGAUUCCAUGUGGCCGGCCAUCGUGGACAUUUGCCUGCCCUUUGGCAUCUUCUACCGAAUGCACGCCGUGGCCAGCUUGCUGGAGGUCUACAUCAUGUCCUAA